AUGCAAACUCACACCAUAAUAAUCGCAAUAUGGAAAUAUCGUCUAAAUCUGGCAAAACUUAGGAAACCGGAUAAUGUUCGAAUAUUCGUAGUGGGCCCACCUAGGACACUACUAGACGAGAACAAUGUUGAUGUGUACUUCCAAGUUGAAUCCCCUAUACGAGACCAUGACCAUUUACAACUGCUCCAGAAGGUCCGUGAGCUUUGCUCAAUCUAUGCUGCUUCACAACGACGGAUUGUUGCGUUUGAAAGAAGUCUGCAGAAGGCGGUAGCUAGGAUACGAAAGGAGCUGAGCAUAGAGGGCUUCUAUCCGGAACAGCUAGAGCAGAUUCUCAGUGUUCGAGACGCUAUCCAUAACCCAAGGAAGAAUGGUCUAGCCACUUUGAGGCAAUGCUCAUUAUCUGGUAGUCCUCAGCCAGAGCCAUGGCUGGAGGUGGUUCGAUCGCAAGUUGGGAGCUUUCCAGUAGUUGUACGUUCC